AUGGCCCCCAGCGCCGUCGGGUCGAAUUUGUGCACAUCAGUGUCUUGCAUACACAUCGCUUCAGAGAUGCUCGGAAGUAUGGCUUUAAACUACACCGAGAUUGACCCCUGCGAGGACUUUGAACAAUAUGCUUGCGGUAACUGGGCUGCCCGCCAUGAGAUCCCCGCAGGUGGAGUCUCCACAGAUGGACUCACUCUGGCCCAGGAAAAUGUCGUUAGCGACUUGAGACGGAUCCUUGAGAGCCCAUACCCUACCGGCAAAGACGCCGGAUGGAUUGCAGUAAACUUGACCAAGGAGCAGUUCAAGGCAGACAAGGACAACUUUGCUAAGAUCCAAGACGCAUAUCAAUUCUGCACUAACUAUACAGCACUCGAAGAAGAGAAUCUCCAAACUCUGCAGGAGGUUGUGAGGAAGGUCGUCGAACUGUACCCGACGACUUCAUCCUCAGGCAACAAAACAGCUGCAAAGACAACGCAGCAUUCUGGCGCCCUGGGCAAGACUUUGACCUGGUUUGAAAGCGUCGGCAUUCAGUCGUUUCAGCGAUUCAUAGUCAGGCAGAAAGACACCGACCCCGAUGAGGUCGAACUCACUCUUUUGCCUCUGCAGCCCAAAGAGCUGGUCCUCCCUGCCACCAAGAAGGAUCUUGAAGAGUACAUCAAGAUCGCGUCUCAGAUUAUGGUCGCUGUUCAUCCCUCUAAUAUCAGCACGGCAGCUGCUGCCAAACUCAUCACAUCAGUCAUCGAAUUAGAAGGCAAACUAGUGGCUGCUUCUACCUGGGCCGAACAGAACGGACCGGAGUAUGAAAUUAUCUCAAUUGCCGAGACCGACGAGCAGAUUCCUGAGUUGAACUACAAGUAUGUGAUCGAGAAGCUUGCUCCAAAGAACUGGACAGGCGACAUUACCAUUAUCGGACCCGUCUAUUUCAACAAUGCGUCCCAGAUUGUCUCUGAGACUCCGACUACAACUCUCCAGGCAUAUUUUAUGUGGAAGGCUAUUGUUUCCAUUUCAGUCUACAUCGAGGCCGAUUUAACCAACGCAUAUAACAGCCUAGCGACUAGGAUCAAGGGCAGAGAUCCCGAGAGUCCUGAGCCCCGGUGGAAGCGCUGUAUCAACUUGAUCAACUACGGGGUUGCAUGGACUCAAGCCUCCGAUACCACGUCACAGUCUAUCGGCCCGACGGGCUUGACAUGGAUACUCUCGCGAUUCUUCGUGGACAGACACUUUUCUCCUAAAGCCAACGAGCUAACAUCUGAUCUUGUACAAUAUAUCAAGGACUCCUUUUCGGAGCGUAUUGAAUCGCGAGACUGGGCCACGGAUAAGGUCAAGAAGGCCUCUAUCGAAAAGGUUGAAGCUAUGCAAAAGGUUAUCAGUCUUCCUACGCUGCCUGAUGCUGUAGACCCCAUUGCCCUCAGACAAUUCUACUCAGGUGUUGAGAUCCAGCCUUCUUUAGCCCUAAAUGCGCUAGCAUUUGCCAAGUCUAAGGUCAAUAACAAUUGGAUGACUCUUGGAAAACCAUUUAACAAGGGCCAGUUCGUCUUAAGUACUCUAACCGCCAAUGCUUACCACGCCCGCAGUCGGAACCAGAUCGUUCUCUUUGCAGCCUUCCAACAGUUCCCUAUCUACGAUAUAGAAUUCCCCUCUUAUCUCCUUUAUGGCGGAAUGGGUAGUGUGGUCGGACAUGAGAUUAUCCACGGCUUCGAUAACACCGGCCGCAACUUUGAUAAAACUGGCAAUACGACCGAGUGGUGGGACAAGAAGUCGAUCAACGCCUUUGAAGAAAAGGCUCAGUGCUUUAUUGAACAGUAUAACAACUUCACUAUCCUUGCACCUAAUGGAACAAAGGUUUAUGUCAACGGGAAUCUGACACUUGACGAGAAUAUCGCUGAUGCUGGUGGUGUGUCUUCGAGCUUUGAGGCCUGGAAGAAGUGGGAAAGUAAGAAAGGUAAAGCUAAGAGUCUUCCGGGUAUGCAAAGCUUCACCCACGAGCAGCUCUUCUUCCUCAAAUGGGGCCAGACCUGGUGCUCUAAUGUUCCGUCUGAGUUAGCAUUGACCCUGCUCGAGACGGACGUGCACAGCCCGGCACCUGCAAGGAUUUUGUUGCCUCUCAGGAAUACAGUUGAAUUCAACAAAGCAUUUAACUGCCCCAAGAAGGAGCCUGUUUGUGAGCUCUGGUGA